CUCAGCUUGAAUGUAGGUAGGCUAGCUGCGUCCAAUGCUCUGUCAACUCCCAAGUAGGUGAACAGAAAGUAGGUAGCAUCACCACCAAACUAGCGGCGCCAUACACCUUACAGUUGCGCCAUUGUGCUGGAUAGGAGCUCAUUUCGGUGUUGUGGGUUACGGCGGUGCAGCGAAUGCACACUGAUGGCUGCCCAAAGCUGUACCGCAUGGCACAGCGCCCACAGCACUGCUCUCGAUAUCUCCUGUGCUCGUAAGCCUUUUGGAGAGGCCAGAACAGGAGGUGAAUCUUUGAGCCACUCGCUGUCCUUGCGGGCUGGAGCUUCUGAGGGCCGGCAGCACGCUCAAGCAGGACCGGCCCGCAGGAGUGGUGCUGCCAGUCCGCACAUCGUGUCCAGCAGCAAGUCAUGCCUGCUCGCUACUGGUCAGCAAUGCUGGGGGAAGCGGGCCCAGCCGGUUAGGCACAGGUGCGGUGGGCGCAGGAGAGUAACGUGCAUGGCACUAGAUGUUGGAGGAGUUUCUCCUGCCGCUCUGGCUGGGGCACUCUCAAUUGCUGGAUUUGGGGUCCUGAGAGCUGCGGUCUACUUUCGGAUGCAGUACAUCACCGCUGCCAUGGUGGCGCGCCACGUCCCGCGGGGGGGCGCACGCCUGGUGGACCUGAGCCCCAAGGAUGCAGCUGGGCGCAACCUGUUCUACCUGCCUAAGGAUGCCGUCCAGGUGACCGUGUUUGACGGCGCAGACAAGGGGGCAUACCUGCAGGAGCUAGGCAUUCGUGCUGGCGUCCCCGUGGACGUGCGCCCCGUGCCGGCUGCCCGCAUGAACUUGCCCCCCGCCAGCGUGGACGCAGUGGUGUGCGUGUACGGCCUCAGCACAACCAGGGAUGCAGCGGCGGUUCUGCGCGAGGCAGCCCGCGUGCUCAAGCCCGGCAAGCCGUUCAUCUUCGUCGAGAACGUUGCCUCCGCGAACGGUGUGGUGCGCGGCUUGCAGGCGGGCCUGGCCGCUGUCCACCGUGCCACGGGGUGGGGGGCAGCCCCCGACAAAGACUCGCUGCGAGACGUACAGGCCAUCAGCGAAUUUGAGGACAUCCAGGUCGAGCGGAUAUGGGACUGGCAAGACCCACAUGUUGUGGGCGUCGCCGUCAAGCGGGCAGCUCCCGUGUUGACGCAGCCGGCAGUCUCUCCGCUGGAGAAGAGGGUCGAGGCGCUGCCCAGCAUGAGGCGGCGGAAGCGAGGAUAGCAAGCACGGGGAACUCCAUCCCCGUUCCACGUUGAUUACUAGAGCAGCCGCUUAGGCAAGCUGCAUGCGGGUUGAGAUUCGAACGUUGUCAGGCUUCCCGGGAGACUUGUCAAAUCCACGCGAGCGCGCUGUGCGUUUUGGCAAUCAUUUAAUUGGUUGAUCCGAUCCAAUUGCUCUCGAUCUUCUCGUGCAAUUCGACAGAAAAGCCAAUCUUUUGCCGUGUCCUCUUGAGCGAGGGUCUCAACCAGAGUCUGUGACGGUCGUCGGGUGCUCAACGUUUCUCUCGAGCAUGUUGGACGGCUAGGCGCAGUUUUCCCACCGGUUGGACGCAGGCUAAAGACGCGAGAGGAGCCAGAAUGAGUUGUGGGCCCUGCCCAUUGAUGUGGCGCUUGUGCUCGCGGUUUAGACUUGUCUGGAGCCCCCGAAACUGGUUAUCACAGCGCCAGGACGUUAAUCACAAUUGGCUAUGCCAGACAAAGGGUCCAUUGUUUCGGUUCUGUGGUUUGAGGACUAUUUCGUUGUGACAUUGGUUGGAUAUUUUGACAGCAACAUGGAAAUCGAAUCAUUAAUACCGCACCCAAGAACCAAGU